AUGGAGAACAGCAGCAGUCAGGGGGACAACCCCACCAACAUCUCCCUGGCAAACAGCGCUGCCAUCGUGGCCAUGAUGGAAUAUAAGGCCCUUUCCGUCUUCCUGGUUCUGUGCAUUUGUGGGGUCGGCAUCGUUGGCAACGUCAUGGUGGUCCUAGUAGUUGCCACCACCAGGGACAUGAGGACUCCAACCAACUGCUACCUGGUUAGCUUGGCUGUGGCUGAUCUGAUGGUCCUGGUUGCCGCUGGGUUGCCCAACGUCUCUGAAAGCCUGGCAGGAACGUGGGUCUACGGCUAUGUUGGCUGCCUGGGCAUCACCUACUUCCAGUACCUGGGCAUCAAUGUGUCAUCCUGCUCCAUCACAGCCUUCACAGUGGAGAGGUACAUUGCAAUCUGCCAUCCAAUGAAAGCCCAGACCAUGUGCACGGUGUCCCGAGCCAAACGCAUCAUCGCUUUCAUUUGGGGCCUCACGGCGGUGUACUGCCUGCUCUGGUUUUUCCUGGUGGACAUCAACGUCGGCAAGAACCAGCAGGUGGAGUGCGGCUACAAGGUCUCCCGCAACCUCUACCUGCCCAUCUACCUCCUGGACUUUGCCCUCUUCUUCUUCACCCCCUUGCUCCUGACCACCGUUCUCUACGGCCUCAUUGGGAGGGUCCUCUUCCGCGGUCCCGCUCUGCACCAGCCAGCUGCCCUCACAAAGCACCAUGGAAACUCUGACAGCAAGGAGAGGAACACCAGCUCCAGAACCAGCGUGCCCAUCAGGAAACAGGUAACAAAGAUGCUGGCCGUGGUGGUGGUCCUUUUCGCCUUGCUCUGGAUGCCCUACCGGACCCUGGUGCUGGUCAACUCCUUCAUGGAUCGCCCCUACCUGGACCGCUGGUUUCUCCUCUUCUGCAGAGUCUGUGUCUACGCCAACAGCGCUGUCAACCCUGUCAUUUACAACCUGAUGUCCCGAAAGUUCUGCCUGGCCUUCAAGAAGCUCUGCAAAUGCCGCUCCGCCUCCGGGGGCUCCAGAAUGAGGGGGGAGCCCAGCGUGCAGCACCCGGAGGAAGCAGCCCCAUCGCAGUUGGUGGGGGAGAAGGACCCAGCGGUCUUGGAGCCAGGGAUGGCAACGUCACCCCACAAGAAGGAACUGAACUCCAGUGUGGUUUGA